AUGGCACCCAGGUUCAUACGCAAUCUCGUGCCCCAGCGCGAGGCCAAGGCCGGUAGUAGGACGCUUUGGCAGGCGCUCAAGACCGUCACGUUCGUUCAGUGGCUGCAGCUGUUCACAGGAUGGGUAGCAUGGUCGUGCGAUGCCAUCGACUUCUUCAGCGUCUCCCUCACGGGUACACUACUCGACAAGCAGUUUGGCAAAGACAAUACACAACUUACGACCGCCAUAACACUUACCCUCCUCUUUCGGUCCAUCGGAGCCGUCCUCUUCGGUGUCAUGUCCGAUCGCUUCGGCCGCAAAUGGCCACUCGUCAUCAACCUCUCCCUCGUCUCCGUCUUCUCGCUCGCGACCGGCUUCGUGCAGACCUUCAAACAGUUCCUCGCUGUGCGCGCUCUCUUCGGCGUCGCCAUGGGCGGCAUCUGGGGGCUCGCCGCUUCCACCGCUCUGGAAAACCUGCCUGUCGAGGUGCGCGGGCUUGCGUCUGGCCUUCUCCAAGAAGGAUACGCCGUCGGGUACUUGUUUGCGGCUGUGGUAGAUCUGUACUUGGUGCCGGAGACGGGAAACAACUGGCGUGCGCUGUUCUGGACGGGGAGCGGGAUCAGUGCGUUCGCGGCCGUUCUGAGGGCGAUCACGCCCGAGUCGGAGGUGUUCUUGCGGGCGAAGGCGAUCGAGAAGGCGAAGGGGACGGAUACGAGCAAGAAGACUAAGAUCUUUGUGCACGAGACGAAGGAGAUGCUGAAGCAGCAUUGGAAGUUGUGUAUAUAUGCAGUGCUGCUUAUGACGGGUUUCAACUUCCUGUCGCACGGAUCUCAGGACCUGUACCCGAUCUACCUCGAAACGUCGAAAGGCAUUGGCACGCGCGACGCAACAAUUGCCACCAUCAUCGGGAACUGCGGUGCUAUCGUUGGAGGCGCUUUCGCUGGUUGGGGAAGCCAAUAUAUCGGCCGUCGGCUGACCAUCGUUAUCUGCUGCGUCCUCGUCGGCGCGUUCAUCCCGCUCUGGAUCCUACCUUCGGGCUUCUCCGCACUCGCGGCGGGCGCAUUCUGCAUUCAGAUCGGUGUGCAGGGCGCUUGGGGUGUCAUCCCAAUCUUCCUCGCUGAGAUCUCCCCGCCUGCGUUCCGCGCGACGUUCCCGGGUGUCGCGUAUCAGCUUGGAAACAUGGUCUCCUCGGCGUCGUCUCAGAUUGAAGCACGCGGCGGCGACAACUUCACGCUGUCAAACGGCCAGCCGAACUACGCGCCCGUGCAGGGUAUAUUUAUCGGUGUCGUCACGGCGUUUGUGCUGCUUAUAACUAUUGUUGGACCUGAAAAACACGCGGCACGCUUCGAGAAGCACAAGACGGCUUUCGAGGAGGGCGGAGCCGACGACGACGCUGUCUUGGAAGACGAAUAUGCCAGCGGCAGCGCGUCGGAUCCUGAGCGCCGGCCGACGGAGGUAGAGGAGGUCCACGAGAAACGGAGUCAGGAGAGCCUGAGCACAUGA